AUGGAAGAUGCCAUGGGCAUCCUUAUGGCCAAGCAAGGCGGCACUGGUGGACAAAAGGGCGCAAGGGGUGGCGGCGCCAAAGAUGUAGGCAACGCCCUUGGAGCAAAAGGCGGCGCUAAUGCGAUGGGCCAGUUGGGCGACGCCAGGGCUGGAGGCUGUAUGGGUGACGCCAAAAAGGGCCUGGGUGAUUCUAGGGCGAAGGGCAUUGUCGUGGCUGGAGGUGGAGGCGAUCUGGGCUAUUCUAGGGAAAAGGGUUUUGGCGUUGGCAUGCGCACAGACACUGGUGCAGGUGUUGCUGCUGCUGGCACUGACACAAGCAAUAAGUAUGGUUCCUUUGAUAUGGACUUUGUCUUAACAUUGGCUCUAAUUUUUGCAAUUGCCAAUUUGAUAAGAGUACGAAGGCGAACUCUGCACCAACUUCCCAAUAGGGCAAGGGAGUCGCUAACACUAAUGGGUCAAAGGUAA